UUCGUCAGCUAACGAAAUGAAUAAUCAAAUUAGUAGGGACGCCCUUCUACUUAGUUUUAGAUGCGGACUUUAGACUACGCAUGAUUUAUGGACGUUAUAUAUUUAUUUUAUUUUUUUGUCUACUUGUUACCCGUCGUAUACCAGCGAUAAGCAGGAUGUGCUGCGGUAGGAUGAUUCAGAUUCAGACCCGCCUGUGUUAGCUGUGUGCGAGGCCGUGAUUCGAUCGCUUUCUCUCUCACUGACGUUUCAAUUGAUUUAUAAGCGCAAGUAAAAUUGUUUCUACAUUCGCAACCUUAAGUUAAACCAGUGCAGGCACAGCGUAACUCUCACUAAGAUAUCACAAUGUCGAACAUAAAUGAACUUGAGCAGCAGAUAAAUGAUCUCCAAUUAAGUCUGGAAGGAGAAGUAAGGAAAACUGUUAAAAAAGUCGGACCCACAGUUCCGCCAAAGCCAAAAAAGUCACAGCCUGAGAUACCGCAAAGUUACUCACUGAAGAGUGCACCAGCCCCUUCAUACAGCACAGUUUUAAACAACAUCGCAACAAAUGAGUCAAAGUCGACAAACCUGUACACAAAUUCACCCGCACCAUACGUCCCACAGACAACGAACGUCGUAGUCGCUGAGAAAAAUAGUAACGCAGUACGCAAUAACACGCCAACGAAUGGGAGUUCGUUGGCCAAGUUUUACAACACCGAAGAAAACAUUUACACUAAUCAACAACAGAAGCAGGAUAAAUUUCAAACGAAGUACGGAUACGAUGAUAAGAAUUUUUACUCAAAUGUCGGAAACGUACCAUCUCCUCAAGUUCCCGUCGAUGACAGAGCCAGCAGAUCCAACAGGGAUGUUGUUUACGGCAAUACAGACAUAGCUUCUUCUUCCUCGAUGCAAAUGCCCCCUAAAAAGGAGAAAGAUUUGAUAUACAGCAAUAUCCAAUGGAACGUCAAGCCGGAAAAUAUGUAUAGCAAUAUUCCAGGCGCUUACAAUCAGGAAGAUCUUCCACCGCCACCAGAACCUUCGGAAUAUGUUCCCUGCGCUCCGUCACAUUCGUUUCCUCCUCCGCCAGAAGAACUGCCGCCACCUCCAAGCCCUGUAUCAUCCAGUUACAGCGAAUUACGUCGAGCUACUUAUCAGACCGAUUUUCCCUCUGAGAAUUACCAAAACGAUAUUUACGGUCCCAGCUCUCAGUCUUCGACGUACGAGUCCAUUUACGAACCUAUCAACCCGAGGCCUCCUUCUCAAUUAUCAUGCAACUACUCGAUGUACUCCGGAUACGGAUCCGCUCCUCCGACUCAAUUGCAGGGAAAAAUGUCGCCUGUUAAGGAGGUUGAUGCGCUGACUAAUUUGUUGGUACAAGGAAUGGAGGAUGGAGCGGAUGACGCCGAUAUUUAUGGCAUAUGUUCACAGUGCGGGCGCAAAGUCGAAGGCGAGGGUAACGGCUGCUCGGCUAUGGACAAGGUCUUCCAUAUAACUUGCUUCUGCUGUUUUGUAUGCCAGGUUAAUUUGCAAGGGAAGCCGUUUUACUCACUUGAGGGAAAACCCUACUGCGAAGAAGAUUAUCUUAACACGUUAGAGAAAUGCUGCGUCUGUACGAGACCGAUAUUAGACAGAAUUUUGAGGGCUACUGGCAAACCUUACCAUCCGUCAUGUUUCACGUGUGUCGUAUGUGGUGAAAGUUUGGACGGCAUACCAUUCACUGUAGAUGCGACUAACCAGAUUCACUGUAUUCAGUGUUUCCACAAGAAAUUCGCUCCCCGCUGUUGCGUCUGCAAACUGCCCAUCAUGCCAGAAGCGGAUCAGGAUGAGACCGUCCGCGUUGUGGCGCUGGAUAGAAGUUUUCACAUUCAUUGUUACAAGUGCGAAGAUUGCGGGCUCAUUCUUUCGUCCGAAAACGAGGGUCGCGGCUGUUACCCGUUGGACAAUCACAUUUUAUGUAAAGGAUGCAACGCUGCCAGAGUUCAAGUACUCACGUCACACAUGACGACCGAGCUUUAAAAUUCUUUUCUUAAAAGUCAGAACGUAGGAUAGAUAAUUUUUAAAAUCCACUCAUAAACAAUUAGAUAGAUAAGUUUGCAGUUUUUCAAUGUUUGCGACAUGAGGUCUGAAAAACUAAAAAUAUUUUACUCAGCCAUUGACUCAUUUUACAUGAGUUUUUCAAACUCUAGACCUAAGUUGUUGAUUGUAUAGAGUGUCAAUAUUGACCAGAGAAUUCAUUCCCUUACAGGUAUUUAAAAAUCAAACUUUGUUUUUUUUUUUUAUACACGUACAUGCAUAGCCUCAUUUAAUUAAUUCGCACGAAAAGGCAGGCGGAACGAGAAAGAAAAAGAUUCUAAAGUGAGUGAAAAAACCGAAAAGUGAAAGAUGAUUACGAAGAGAUAAAAAAGAGAUUGUAAUUUUAAAUGCUCACGGAGUUAUAGUUUUAUUUUAUCAUUGAGCUGAGCUGAGGCCUAUACAGCCAAUAUUUGUGAUGUUUUAUAAGUUAGAAAUGUUUCGUAUUAUCGUAUAGGUAAAAGAUUUAUUACCAUAUGUAUUAUAGAUUGCUGUCAGCAUAUGAAUAUUUAAUGAAAUUACAGUUGCAUUUAUUCGAACUGUGGUUUUAGGUAUCGGAAAAAAGAGUAGUCAAACAAAUUUACGAUUCAUAUUCAGAAAACUCUCAAGAGUAGAACAAAUAUUUAUUCUGUGUAUGUAUGAUAGCAAGCAUAGACAUGCAAUUGAUUAUUGUGAAAAAUAUGAAAUUGUAGAACAUAAAUUAGGGAUGACUAUACCUUGAAUGUUGAUAACGUUCUUACACGUAUUUAAUUGAAAUUAAGGUAUGUUAAACAGAAAUGCACAUUUAAUGCAAAUUCAAAUACAACUGAACUAUGGCAAAUUGAUUCCAUUGCAGUAUAAGAAAAGUUUAGUUUUAAUCAAACAGCAUUUUUUAAACACUUCUAUACUCUAUACUAAUUAGCUUUACAAUAGAAUUCCCAGAUACGUUUCUAGCUUUACUGUGUAAUUGAAAACGACUCAUUUCUUCCGUAAUAAGAAAGCCAAGAAAGUUUACCGCUUUUAUUGAAGAUUCCAAUUUGCUUUUCUUUUUUUUAUAUGAUUAUAAUUAAUGAUGAGCAGUUCUUUUCCAUUCCUGGAAUGACCUGGAAAAUAGAAACUAAU